UAUUCGCUACAAUUUUCUCUCUUUCUCUUUCAUUCACCAAAUUCAUGGCGUUCAAGAAAACUCUUGCCCAACGCCUCCUCAACAUCACCAAAAUGUCGUCACAAACGCUCACCAAUUGUCGCAUUUCCUAUUCCUCUGUUCGUGCGAGGACUUCUCCGAGGGCGAGCGAGCCUGACAUUGCUCCCAAUCCCGGAGAUGAUGGCCUAUUCCUCAGGUUCCUUCACAAGAGACCCGUGUUUCAGCCGGAGCUCCGCUCGCCCCAGCUCGCCGGAAACCUCGUCGACAAGCUGAGGGAUAUGGAUAAUGCCCGGAACCGUAUCCGGUUGGAAGGGUUGAAACCGCCGGCGGAGAAGCCUAAUGGAAUGAAGGAGGGAAUGACGAUCGAAGAUGCAAGGAAAUUGCUAAAGGCAGCACAGGUUGAGUUGGUGAAAUCGAGGUUGAUGGAGACCCGAAAGAGCUCCAUAACGUUUUCGGAGUUCAUUCGGAUCUGCUCCGAGAAUUCUUCGGAUCAGGAUCAAGCCGUUAGGAUCGCAAAGACGCUGGAUGAUUCUGCGGCUGUGAUUGUAUUGGGAGAUGUUGUGUUUCUCAGGCCCGAUCAGGUGACAAAAACAAUUCAAGGUCUGCUUCCUGUACCGGGAGCCAAGGUGCACGAUUCAGUGAGAAAAGAGUUUGAAGAAAUGGAGAAGAAGAAAUCAAUCAUUGACAACAGAGCUGACACCUUGGUUCGUCGUGAGCUGUGGGGAGGGUUGGGUUUCAUGAUGGUGCAAACAGUGGCAUUCAUGAGGCUCACGUUUUGGGAGCUUACAUGGGAUGUGAUGGAACCCAUAUGCUUCUAUUUGACCUCAAUGUACUUCAUGGCUGGCUACACCUUCUUCCUCAAGACCUCAAAAGAACCUUCUUUUGAAGGUUUCUACCAAGCCCGUUUCAGCUCCAAGCAGAAACGCCUUAUGAAGCUUCACAAUUUUGACAUUGAAAGGUAUAAUGAGCUCAGGGCUGCUUGCUCUCCCACCACACCUCCAAAGUUUGAUUCGUCCUUUGCUCUCCCGUUAGACAUUUCUUCCCAACAUCAUUGAUAUGGAAGAUAAUUGACCUUAAAAAAAAUAAAGAUAUGGAAGGUCCUCAGCAAUGUUCAUAUUCACUGACUGCAGAAUAUAGCAAAUAUCUGCCCCCUAAGUAUCAAAUUUGGGGUUGACAGCCCCUCCAUCGUUUUUAGGUUAUCAGUUAAAGCCGUAGGAAAAAUAUCAUUUAAAUAUCACAUAAUUACAUGUUUACGGUGAGUUAGAAUUACAUGCGGCUUUGUGUAGAACGGAUGCAGAGUGUACUUCCCAAUUUUCCUUUAUUAAAUAUCACAUAAUUACAUUCAUUGAUGAAACUUGAAAGAAAAUCAAAUUUAUGUCAUCCUCAAGCCAAUCU